AUUUGUCUGUCUUGUCUAAACAAAUAACCAACUGGUUCAUUUUAUUUUUUUUAGAUAACUUAUUAUUCGGCUGAGCAAAUGUUUGGAUUGGCAAACCCAACACGCAACCCCACGUUACUGUGCUCUGUUAGCGCGUUGUACGGGCUUCAAUUUGCUUUGUUCACUUCGUUUUGUCCGGCUCUAUUCCUGGUUUUGUCAAUGUCAGACAGACAAAUUAGCUCGAAAUUAGUGUUACUGGGCGAAUCUGCUGUCGGAAAGUCUAGCAUCGUGCUGCGAUUUGUGAAAGCUCAAUUCAGCGAAUAUCAGGAGGCUACCAUCGGAGCUGCUUUCCUAACACAGACCGUCGUUUUUGGUGACCCACAACAGACAGUACGUUUCGAAAUAUGGGACACUGCAGGUCAAGAACGAUAUCACAGCUUGGCUCCUAUGUAUUAUCGGGGCGCGCAGGCAGCCAUAAUUGUGUACGAUAUUACCAAUCACAGUUCCUUCCAGCGCGCUAAAUCCUGGGUAGACGAACUGAACGAACGAGCCAACUCUGUUAAAGUACUGGCGCUUGCGGGGAACAAAUUGGAUUUGGAAGCGCAAAGAGCAGUACCUACUGAAGAAGCACAGGAAUACGCUAAUUCCAAAGGACUCAUCUUCAUGGAAGUUUCUGCUAAGGCUUGCACAAACGUGUCCGAAUUGUUCACAGCCAUUGGUAAGUUCGACAGUGCGUUCCUUUUUGCUGCUUCAUUACCUCGUCUUCUCGUGUUUAUAAUCUGA